CAAAAACCAAAACCAACCCAAGACUACAGUCAUUACUUUAAAACUAUUGAGGAUCUUCAGAAAAAGAUCCAUGAUGCCACUGUCAACAAUGGUCGCAUCACACUGCAGAUUGACAAUGCCCGCCUGGCAGCUGAUGACUUUAAACUCAAAUAUGAGAAUGAACGGUUCCUUCACCAGUCAGUGGAAGCUGAUAUCAAUGGUCUGAGGAAGGUUUUAGAUGAUCUGACUCUCACCAGAAGUGAUCUGGAGUCACAGAUUGAGAAUCUAAAGGAUGAAUUAGCCAUGAUAAAGAAGAACCACGAAGAGGAUAUGAAGGCACUGCGUGGACAGGUCCAAGGCACUGUCAAUGUGGAUAUCAACCCAGCACCUGGAGUUGACUUACAAAAAGUACUUAGCGACAUGAGGCAAGAAUAUGAAAUGCUCGCGGCCAAAAACCAAAGAGAUACGGAAGAAUGGUAUCGUGCUAAGAGUGAAGAACUGAAUAACCAGAUGAGCAUGGACUCACAUGAAAUCAGC